GUACGCGACAGAGGAAAAGGGUGGAGAGGAGCUGUCAAUUUUUUGGGGUGUAUUUCCCUGCCUGGCGAUGCCAUGACAGAUGGUGAAUAUUGGCUUGUCAACAGUUUAACUGUUCAGCUACAUGAGAAGGUACAAGGAAAGGCAAUUCCAGCUUGACGAGGUGGCUAGCUAGCUACCAUCGAUCAAGAAGGGGGUAUUUCUGCUAGCCAAGACCUGGUUGCUGGCCAGAAAUCCAAGGAAAACAACAUGGCUGCCUUGGAGCUCGAAUGGAUCCCGGAGACAUUGUACAACACUGCAAUAUCUGCAGUAGUGGAUAAUUACAGUCGAUCCCGAAGAGAUAUACGUUCCCUCCCAGAGAAUAUUCAGUUCGAUGUUUACUACAAGCUCUACCAACAGGGCCGCCUUUGCCAACUGGGAGGAGAGUUCUGCGAGCUGGAGGUUUUUGCCAAAGUUCUACGAGCGUCAGACAAAAGGCAUCUCCUCCACCACUGUUUCCAGGCGCUCAUGGAUCACGGUGUGAAGGUAGCGUCAGUUCUGGCCAACUCCUUCAGUCGUCGGUGCUCCUACAUCGCAGAGUCAGAAGCCCAUGUGAAGGAGAAGGCCAUCCAGUUCGGCUUUGUUUUAGGGGGCUUCCUCUCGGACGCUGGUUGGUAUGGCGACGCGGAGAAGGUGUUCCUGUCCUGCCAUCAGCUGUGCACGCUGCACGAUGAGGUUUUCCACUGGUACCGCGCCGUGGAGUGCUGCGUCAGGUUGCUGCAUGUCAGGAAUGGGAAUUGCAAGUAUCAUCUCGGCGAAGAGACGGUGAAGUUAGCCCAGUCGUACAUGGACAAGCUAGCCACACACGGUCACCAUGCCAACAAGGCUGCUCUGUACGGAGAGCUGUGCGCUCUUCUCUUCGCUAAGAGCCACUACGACGAGGCGUACCGUUGGUGUAUAGAAGCUAUGAAGGAGAUCACAGCAGGUUUACCUGUGAAGGUGGUGGUGGAUGUUCUCAGACAGGCUUCUAAGGCCUGCGUUGUCAAGAGGGAGUUCAGGAAAGCCGAACAGCUGAUCAAACAUGCCGUCUUUCUGGCACGGGAACAUUUUGGACUCAAGCACCCAAAGUAUUCAGAUACACUCCUUGAUUAUGGAUUUUAUCUGCUGAAUGUUGAUAACAUCUGCCAGUCCGUCGCAAUAUACCAGACUGCUUUAGAUAUCAGACAGUCUGUGUUCGGAGGGAAGAACAUCCAUGUAGCCACAGCACACGAAGACCUUGCCUACUCCUCCUACGUGCAUCUGUACAGCUCUGGGAAAUUUGACAAUGCAUUAUUUCACGCAGAGCGAGCGAUAGACAUCAUCACCCACAUUCUCCCAGAGGAUCAUCUGUUACUGGCCUCGUCCAAAAGGGUCAAAGCUCUGAUCCUGGAGGAGAUCGCCAUCGACUGCCACAACAAGGAGACGGAGGAGCGGCUCCUCCAGGAGGCUCACGACCUCCACCUCUCCUCCCUCCAGCUGGCCAAGAAGGCUUUCGGGGAGUUCAACGUUCAGACGGCCAAACACUACGGCAACCUGGGCCGACUCUACCAGUCCAUGCGGAAGUUUAAGGAGGCAGAGGAGAUGCACAUCAAGGCGAUCCAGAUCAAGGAGCAGCUACUGGGGCAGGAGGACUAUGAGGUGGCCCUGUCUGUGGGUCACCUGGCCUCCCUCUACAACUACGACAUGAAUCAGUAUGAGGACGCAGAGAGGCUGUACCUACGCUCCAUCGCGAUUGGUAAGAAGCUCUUCGGCGAAGGCUACAGCGGACUGGAAUACGACUACCGAGGGCUUAUUAAACUGUACAACUCUGUUGGAAACUAUGAGAAAGUCUUUGAGUAUCACAAUAUUUUAUCUAACUGGAAUCGCCUGAGAGACCAACAGUUUGCAGUGGCGGACGCCUUGGAAGAUGUCAACACCAGUCCCCAGGACACUGAGGAAGUAGUUCAAGCCUUCCUGCUGUCACAGACCCACAGGGCUGGGCCUCCUGCAUAGAACAAACACACCCAUGCACAUCUAAUACACACAGGAAAAAAAACAACAAAAAAACAAUGCAUUAGUAUUUACAGUACAUGUAUUAAAUCUACAUCCAUAUCAGAGUUUUACAAUGGGGAAACACCCAGUAUUGGAGAGAAGUGGUAGCAUUCAUGGAAUGCUUUUGGAUCCAAACUGUCAGUUCUGUCACUGGACAGAGUUCCCCUGAGACGCAAACGGAGGACGGCGUUACGGAAGGAUGAAACCUAUGCCAUGCACGUGGAGUCACUUCAAAUCUUCACCCUGUAAAAGUGGACAUAAGAACGGGGAAACGAACCUAUGUACAUAUGAUGAUACAAAUGAGUCAUUUUAGAAUAUCAAAUUUGUUUUAUGGUUGCCUAAUAGGAUGCCCCCUCGCAACCGAUUAUGCUAUGGUUUGCCACAGAUUCAGAUGGUCUAAGCUUUUACUGCAUGCACCUGCAGAUGUUACUCAUGGAUUCUUUUUAAGCGGAGGUGACAUAUUUGAUGUUCAAUGUUACAAAGGAGUUUUUAAAAGGAGCUUCAGUUCAUCGACCAAUUUUCUUUUUUCCUCCUUCAGAGUGUCUGCUUCAGACUCAGUCCAAAGUUUUUAAUGUUUAUAACUUUUAGUUGUUUUUAUUUAGAAAAUACAACACAGCCAUUCAAUUGGAACAUUAUCCUGCUGAAAUUAUGUUUUUACAAGACUCGUUGAUUCGAGGAUUUUAAGAUCCUUUUAUUACACCCUAAAAUGACAAGGUACAAUGGGAAAUGCCAAGUGUUCUUAAAGAAUUUCUCAUGCCUAAACCAAAAACAAGAAAGCUGAACUUGGCAUCUUCAUUACUGCCCCCCUUUCAGUAUGUCCACUUCUGGCCUGCAAACACAAUUGGCUCUACUUUAUUUUUGGCCUUGUGUUCACAUCCAAUACAAUGUUGUCUAGCUGUGAAAGUAGCAGUGGUAGUGAAUGAGUAUGUUAACUUGUCCAGUCAUAACUAACGUGACCCCUGUUUUAACUGACUACUGUAGGUGCAUUUGAUUUCUUGCCUUGCUUUUGAACAAAUGCAUGUCGGUCACAUGGGUGUUGAUGUUACAUGUGCUGUAAUGUUCCAACUGAGGUCCAAGCCUUAGUCUUAAAGGAUGCUCAGCACACUCUGCUCUCGAGUUUUGAUCCAGUUGUCACGGACAACGUUUGUUCUCCACUCCUCCACCAAGAGAAUGAAGCCUAGCCAUGCUGUCUCCCUCACUAGGACGCCUGUUCUAUCUGUUGAACAACCAGCAGCCCAUUUUUACAACUAGCCGAACAGGGAUCGUUUUUAGGGGUUAGAGGGAAUUAAUGCUGUGUCAAGGGGUGGGUUAAUUUUGAGGCAGUUGAAAAUGUUUGGUGAUUGGUGAGGAACUUUUUAAUAAUAAAAAAAAAAAGAAGAAAAAAAAGACGACUUCGUAAAAGCUAAAGUGAAGAUCAGAUUUCUGUACAUUGUGAUGAUGUGAUUUCCCCCCCUCUUCCCAUUUCAACACUUUUAUCCACAUGCGCUUUGUGUACAUACACCUGGCAAUAGUAUAAGAGGAUCUAGGAAAUUAGAUGUGCAUAAAGUUAAUCCACCUCGUUUUCUUUUUUUUAACAGGCCACUUGUGGCCGACGUGUUACUUGUUUUGUUUACAUUUCUAAUGUAAUUGUUACUGGUGAAUGUGGCAGUAAGGGCGCUCCCCUUAGACACGUGUUGUGUUUGAUGAGUGCCGAAUAUGAUGGGGAUAUAUCAUCCCAGGUCCUGCUUAUCAAAAUGUUAUAUCCCCGUCACCUGUGAUUCAGUGAAGGUGUAUGUAAUGUGUCUCUGUAACUAUAUAUAUAUAUAUAUAUAUAGGUUUUAAUCAAAGGUUAGCACUAAUAGAAAGUUGCUCCUGCAAGUCAAAUUUCUGUACAGAACAAUCCUAUUCACAGUAUCAUCAGUUAAGCCAUUGAUCACUCUUAAAUCCAGUUGGAUUUUACGCAAGGGGUUUAAAACCCGGUGUAAGCCUAUUGUUGGACUGAAGUAGACUACACUUCUAGUGAAGACUGUCGCGUCCAAGCUAAUGUGUGUGGAUGGAUAAUUAAGGCGAUGAUGAGGAAAACAUAAUUAUUUAAUUUGUUCCUUGGCAACAACAUUUUAAACCAAAAACCUUUGCAACAAUUGGACUGUGUCUUCAAAUUGUACCACGUGUCUCCUGGUUACAUCUGAAAACAUAGGCUUUACAAUGAUCGAAGGAUGCAAUAUUUUUUGCUAUGUUUUUAGAUGUAGCUAAUAUUAUAGGAGGGAACCAUUAAAGAAUGUGGCGUUCAUUGAAGUGAUAAUGGACUUAAUACUGCAAUAUUAUUGCUACCAGCAUAUAACAUGCAGCUGUUGAAAUGUGAACAUGAUUGUAUUGGAUUGCGCUUUAUUAAUACUAUACACGGAUUGGGAGAAUGACAGGAUCCAUGAUAUGAACUAUCUCUGUCACUGUACAGUUUUUUUCUAUAUCACGAAGACUAUACGUAUGGAUCGUGUGUUCUGAAAUUCUUAAAAUAUUUGGUCAGCUCUAGAGUAUGAGAAAAAAAAGAGAAAGUGCAUUGUUUAUAACAUUGACUAUACGACCCGCAAUUGUAAUAUUUGCCACCUCCCUGUUCCAGCACCUCCGUUACAUUAAACUGGUUUAUACAUGA